CCCGGCUGUAUAAAGUGAAUAUAUACAACCAGAUCUUAAGUGGAACAAAAAAACAACACACAAAGGCCAAGCGCGAAAAUAGCCAGAAAAUUGCUGGAAGUCUUUUGGUUCACACCAACAAAAAAAUAAUAAAAAAGAUACAUAUAAACCCAAGAAAACUUGGAAACGCGACAACACCGGCAGCAAACACCCAGAACAACAAUUAUAGAUACAACUGGAGCAACAAUAACAAAAACAAUAACAACAACAGUAAAAAUACAACAACAAAAUCAACAACAAUAACAACAAACAACAACAACAACUGCAAGUGUCGUCGUCGCAGGUUUCUUAUGCGCAAAAACCAUUCUGUGAUAUCUCAAGACCCAAAGAUGGCAUCCUUAACCUUGCACUGGAUAGUUAUAGCUCUGCUGGCGGUGACGUCGCUGACGACGGCAGCGACACCUGCACCCACAACUGCAGCAACAGCAGCAACAGCAACAGCGACUGCAACACGGCAGCGUGGCGGCAGAGGACAAGGACAGUUACAACUACAGUUACAGUUACAGGGACCCGGUCAGGGGCAGUUACUGGCUGGAGUUGGAGGAGGCGUGGCAUCCACAACAAGCACUGAGGCGCCAACGCUGCGAGCGCCACGCCAGCGUCGACCGCCAACGACGCAGUCGAUUGACAUAACAGUAAGCACUGGUCGCAGUCGCAGUCGCGGUUCCGCUCGCAGCGGCAGCAUCAGCAGCAGCAGCACAACGCCGCUUCCGGUGACUACCGUUAGGCAAUGGCAGCGGCGACGCAGCAGCACCACAGCAAAAACACCAACAACCACAGCAGCAGAAGCGGCUGCUGCUCCUGGUCGCUCUUCCAGGGAUCGUGGAAGUGUGCGAGGUCAGCGCCAAACGCGGGAUACUCCGCUCCUGGACAGCGCUGCAAGUGCCAGCAGCAGCAGCAGCAACAGCAUUCGUCGCAGCUGGCCGGCACCGCCGCCAUACAGCAGCUACAGUUCCAGCGACAGUUCCAGUUUUAAUUCCAGUGUUCCUGCGGAUAAUAACAGUGCCAGUGUCAGUUCCAGUCCCAGCUCCAGUCCCAAUUCCAGCUCCAGCUCCACUCGUGGCGCACUGAAAACGCCGCGCAUGAUCCAGAGACUGGUGGCUGGCCACAUCCACAAUGCCCAGGGACACUCCACUUACGAAGUGUCGGCGGUGAGCGCCAACAGCUCCUCCUCCAGCUUUGUACCCACUUCGACGAGCAGGGUCACAGCCACGCCCACAGAAACAACCACAACUAGGACGACAACGACAACCACAGCGAAGGUGGCCACAUCUCUGAGAGGCAAGGCAAGCAGCAGUUACAGACUGGCCAAGCCCUCGGUCAGGCCGAGAUUGACCACACCAGCAGCCGUCACAAGAUUCAGCAAUCCGCCAAGCACCUCCAGAUCCACAACACCACUGCCUCCUCCAGCGUCUCCUCCUUCGAGAACUAAAAGCCACCUGAGCCUUAGGGAGCAGGACGAUGACGACGACGAGGCUCUGCUUAACGAACCCGAUGACUUCGACAACUGGGACAAUGGCAUCCUGCGGCUGAGUGCCGGCUCUGGCAAGGAAGCGGAGGCUCCGGCCAAGAAGCCAUCCAAGGACGAGGCCAAGAAAACCCUGGCCGACCAGGUGAGGGAUGGCAAGUACGGUCUGAUUGAGAAGGAGCUAUUCCGGCGUGUGCCCAAGCGACCAGGAGUGCUGAGCUAUGCCCGGAAUUCGGAGGUUCCGCUGGACAACGAGCGGAACUACGGUGGACUAAAUGAAGAGGACAUCUGGCUGGCCGAGGAUCAUCUGCUAGUGAUCAAGGGUGGAGCUCUGAACGAGGAAGUGGAGGAUAACCAGCAGGGACCCUGGCCGGCCAUCGAUGACUACGAUGCUCCAGGGCGGCAAAUCAAGUUGCCCGAUAAUCCUGCAGUGCCGCCUCCAUUUCCCGUGCAGCUCGAUCCGCACGGGCCGCUGCAGCUUAUCCGAGAUAAUCAACUCGAGAUCCUCCGUCCGGCGCCUGGCAAUGCAACGCUAUCCGCUGAGGCCGUCCACCACCAGGGCUACGCGGGCUCCGCCGCCGAAAAUCUCGCAUCGCAUCCUGCUGCCCGGACGGGAACGCAAUCUUCGGCUGCAGCACCUGAGCAAGCUCGUCCGAAAACCCCGGCCUACGUCUAUCCGGCGCCCUAUGCCCCCUGGCUGCUCUACCCCAACGAUACGGGGCCGACCCGGGGUCUGCUAAGGACACCGCCGCUCCUGGGUCCCUGGCUGAUCAACGGGCUGAAUGGUAAUGGAUCCCUCACGGGAGAUUCCCCAGGAAUACCUGGAAAUGUGAGUGACUUCGACGAAGAUGAUCCCUCCCUAUACUAUCCGCCGGCAUAUAGUUUUGUGUACAAGAGCAACUAUUCGAACCCAGUGCCACCGGGACCUUUGGUGCCGGGAAUAGUGCUGCCACCGCCACCAGAUCACUUUAGUCGACUGGAGACCACCAGGCGACCACCAACCACAGGCAGUACCACCUUGACUAGCAGCAGCACCACGACUACCACCAGCACCACCACGACAACCACACCCAGACCUCCGGUACCAUUGCCCACCAUCAGGACUUCCUACAAACCCAAGUACAAUGCCAUCACCUACCUGCCACCAGCGCCCAGACAGAGUCCACCUCCACCCAGCUAUGUGGAGCGAGUGCCAGUGCCAGUGGCUGUGCCCAUACCCAUCUAUCCGGUCAACUACACACCACGGCCGCAGCUUGUGUUCGUGCCCAGCUCUACGGAGAGUACGCUCCAGGACACACCGCUAGAUCCUCCGCUCUCCAAAUCGAAUCCCAUAUACUACGAGUACUUUGAGGCCAAGCGGCAGCCGGGCUCAAUCAAGUCCAAUGUCAUUGACGACUUCCUGGCCACCAAGCCACCCAAGCGGCACCAUCACCACCAUCAGCGGGAGCAUCUGCAGCACUACAAGGCCUCUCCAAGUCCCUCCAAUGAUGUAUCCGAUGUGGUCAAUAUUACGCCCAAGCCAAGGACUGCCCAGUUGCAGCUGCACGCAGAGUACGAGGCCUCACUGGGGCAGCUAUUAAGGAGCAAUCUUGUCUCGCCGCCAGCUGGAGGUGGUUCAGGUAGAUUCCAGGCACCCGACUUUGAUAAGCAACCCUUCCUGCCCAUGGUAAACUACAGCGCGGAUGAGCAGGAUCAGAAUGCCUUCAAGGCCAUUGUCUACCAGCCACCUGGCCAGAGGCAACGCCAUCUAAGGGUGGGCAAGCAGCAGCUACAGCUGGAGCCUAGCCUCGAAGCCUCUCCGCCGGAUUCCUAUCUGCCGGGACGCCACUUCCGAGUGGGAAAGCAACAGCAACAUCUGCAGCAGCAGCAACACCAACAGCAGCAGCAACAGCAGAUCUUUGAGCCGCAGAUCUACAGCACGCCUGGGCCACAAUUUGCGGAGGAUCCCCAACUCCGACCACCGGCUCCGGUCCAGGGGAAUCCCCUGCAGUUCUGGCAACGACCGGCGCCACAGUUUAAGCGCGUGCGUCCCAGCAGCAAACAAGGACAUCCACAUGGGCAUCCCCAUCCGCUGUCCCAUCAAUAUCCGCAGUACUAUGCUCAUGGCUAUCCUAGUGCUCCGUCAGCGGAGCCUCUGUACCGCUUGGUGCCCGUGGCCCAGCACAAGCACUGGCGAAGUGGCAAACCGCAUCAGGUGCAGUCGCAGCCCAUCCAGGUGCAGCCCCAGAAUCAAGGAUACCCCGAUCGGAGCGUUAACUAUGGCCAUAGCUUGGCCAGCGAUAUCCUGGUCAACUAUAACACGAACAAUCAGUUCAAUCCGCAGGCGGAGCUAGUGCCUCAGGCCCAGUUGGCGGCACCACCACCUCCAUUGUCAUACCAGGCCCAGAGUGGCCAGCCUUUGUGGUCGGAAAGGGAGCGGGAACGAGAUCGAGACAGGGAUCGUCCAGUGCGGCAUUCCAGGGAGCAGCAUCAGUAGAUGGUACCUAUCAUAAAUCGUUUCCAAGAGUAGGGUAAUAUUAACCCAGGAGAGAUAGGAUAUAAUCCCCAAAAAGUAUGCUUUAAAUCAGUGGUUCGCAACGUAACACUUCAUUUCCAUAACAUUACUCCAAUCAAUUCUUUAAACCAAUACUUAAAAACUUAAGACAUUACAGAAAGAAAACAAUAACUGACAUUAUAUGUAACACCACUCGAACCACUGAUUUUAAAUUAACAAUUUUCGUUUCAAAAGAAAGGUCAGAACCAAGAAUACUUUCACAUUUUUACUCAAAAAAAUAACCUUAGGUUACAAAUUCGCCCUACAACUUGUCAUUUUGUUGGUAUUUUGUACACACAAUCGACCCAAUAGAAUUUUAAAUAUAAAAACAAUAAUCGUAAUCACGACCAUCAUCAUGAUAAUGAUGGUUUCUAUGUCAUUGAUACACUAAGUAUCAACAUGUGAUUUAUAGGGCCAAUCCGCUAUCGAUGCAAAAAGGAAAUCCAUUAACUUAUCGCCAAAUAAUGGUUCCCCAUUGAUAAGGUCUCGUAUAUUGUGGUCUGGAUAUAAUCGAAAUAUAAAUAUAAUAUCCAUAUUAUAUUUAAUAAUUUGUAUCCCCUUUGCAUAUAUUCAAGUUUUCCUUUUUUUUUUGACUUGUUCUAUUUCCAGUAUUUAAUUAGUUAGUUUACCUUUUUUAUUUUCGCUUCUUAACUUGGAGUUUUAUUCUGCUCCUGAGAUCAAAAUCUAUGAUUUUAUAGAUACCUAUCUUGUUUCAUAUCCUAGUUUAUUUCGAGUUUUAUUUCUAACAAAUAAAAAUAGUUACAUACAUUACGUAUAGCUGGUCAUAUAGGAUAAACCCCGAUUUGGUCCUGUUUGCCUAACCUCUCUUUUGCUAUUGAUAGCGGACAUCGAUAACACGAUAUUGAUCAUGACAAUUGAUAGCGGGAUAUCGCCUAUUGCUGACUUUAUAGCAACACACAAACACACAUAUUUAUACCAUAAAUAAAUACGUACAUAAAAUAUAUAUAUUCUCAAACCUAUGUAAAUAAAAUCAAGUGUACGCCAGAUAAUUCAGAUGUACGUAGUUAUUCAAGCGACACAGCGCACACACUUAGUCUUAGGGGCAGUAAAAUAUAUAUAUUUACAUAUCAAUAUCUAUAGAAUAUAACUUGAUUAUCCUUUGUGUAGCCGUAGCCGUCUAUUUUAUCCUGCACAUACAAUGUAUUAUUUUUUUCUAUUUAUUGUAAUUCCUUUUUGAAUGUUUUCCAAAAUCAUUGCAAAACUUUGUAUAAAAGCCAUAACAACUAAGGUCACUAUAAGUUAAAAUACCAAUAUGCAAAUAAUUAAAAAGAAACUAUGCAUGUACAUUUUACAUAUAAAAAUAAUAUGCUAUAUUUAAUCGGAUUAAUUGUAUUCUUUUUUUUUUGUAAUUGUAAACAUAAAGAAAAUUAAUGUUUUAGAAGCAAAUUCUAAUUCUAUAAAUAAGGUAAUGAAGCGAAAUGUAAAAAUAUGUAAUAUGGUGGGACCAAUAAUACCAAUAUAUUCGAGUUUUGCAUGUGGG